AUGCUGCUGACAAAGUGUUAUGCUAUCUUGAAUGCUAUCAUGCAUGCCUCCUUCGCAAAUAAUACACUUGACCACAAGCUUAAGCUCACCGAUGAGAAAGCUGGCGCCCUCAAACUCAAUCCAUCUCUUACAUUUUGA